UAGAAGUUAAGGCUUAUUUUCAGUGUGGCUUAAGUUAUUCAGUUAUUUCGCCCAGGUGCACCAUUGGGGACAGGUUAAUACUAGUAAUCGGAUCCCUGUUGUUUGAUCGCGCUUUGUAUGACGGGGUAGUAGGACAAAAGGUGGACGUUUCUACUGUUCAGUACUCUCUAAAUAGCUCAUUGUACUGCUGGACGUGUUGUGAGAAUUUUGUCGUUAAAUGUUGUGUCAUUUUACUGAUCUUCGACGUCGUGACAUCCGCGAAAGGUAAGACUGUGAUGUCAUUUCAGAUCUUUUUCAACAUCAACCUCUAAAAAGCGACGGGGACUGCGACGUGAGGGGUGGAUUUAGUGAACUAUGACAAGGAGUGGCCGUGUGCCCGGCUUGGAGACAAAAUGUGAAUGUCACUGACGCCACCAUUCCCUGACCGCCGAGGAGGAAUAUGGAGUAAAGGGCACGACUCUGAAAUUAUUCACAGGGGGGAUACGUACUGCAGAUCUUAAGCCUUUACAUUUAAUAUAGCACAAAAAGGAGUUGACAGAUACAAUGAGGGUCCGUAUGGUGAUAACACGGGGCAUACAGGUGUCCGCUAUCCUCACAAUCAUAUGGACGCUUUAUUCUAUUCUACAAAUUGGACUCAGCUCAGAGGAGAUGGCUUCUGUUGUAGGUUUACAAAGGAAAGUUGAACGGCAAGACAUGUCCACUACCGCCAAAGCUGAGGAGACGACAACAAAACCGCCUGAACCAGAGACGCUGAGAAGCUGUAAGCCAAUUGAAUUUAGGACUAAAAUGUCUAGGGAUAAAAAGCCAAAGCUGGUUCGUGAGCCGUUAUGGGGUCCGCUUCCUCCCCGAAUGAACGCUUCAUCGGUUGACGCAGUAUGGGCGGAGGAGAUCCAAAAACGGAAAGAACACAUACGCGGAAAAUGUGCGCAAUACAAAAUCAAGACAAGCCCACUGCCAGCAGGUGGAGCUUUACAUCAGUACUGGGUGGAUGACCAUCACAAGUUCAUCUUCUGUGAAAUUCCCAAAGUUGGCUGCACAAACUGGAAGAAAAUCAUGUUGAUGAUGCUAUGCAACUACAACAAGUCCUACAUUUGGCCCCUAGGUCAGGAGCAGGUGCACGAAGGAUUGUCGUACAAAGUAAUGAGAAGAUUGCAAUCUUUUAAACAGAGAGCAGACAGUGACACAAGACUUAAGAACUACAAAAAAGUAUUUUUCGUGAGGCAUCCUUUCGAAAGACUGGUUUCGUUUUUCAGGGAUAAACUCGAUAAAGCAAGGGGUCACUUUCGUUAUUACCACCCAAGAAUUGCGGGCUACGUAUUACGUUCUAUGAACAAAAAACGGAACGUAACAAAUAAAAUGAUUAUGGAUUAUAAUGUAACAUUCCCAGAAUAUAUCCAGUAUGUGAUAAAUACAAAGAAGUUUCCUGACAUUCACUGGGGUAUUCAGCACUCCUUGUGCCACCCCUGCAGUGUCGAUUAUGACGUCAUAGGAAGAUACGAAACCAUCGUUGAGGACUCAAAUAAUCUUUUGAAAAUGCUAGGAAUUGAUGAAUUCACAUACCCGCAGUCGGACAAUACUGCGUAUGCAAAACACAAAACCAUGGAUUUAGUUCCAAAGUAUUUCAAGGCUCUUAAACCUGAGAUGAUCAAAGAACUACAAAAUAUAUAUAAAAUUGAUGCAGAUAUAUUAGGUUAUGAUCUCAAUAUAAAGCUUUGAUAAUAGAUGCCAGUACGUGACUGAAACCGAGCUAAAGAGCCUCAGGUCACAUAUUCAGACGAAAAUCUAGUCAUGGAUUUCAACAUGGGACCAACCACUUAUUCCACUGAUUUAAAAUGUGAUAGAAUAAAUAUUUAAAUAUUUACCAGCAAGGGGAUGUUAUAUUGGGAGAUUGUGGUCAUUGGUUUGGUGUAUCAGUAUAUUUAGUGAAAUCAUUAAUGUGAAUUUACGGUCCCUUCAGUAUUGUUUUAGUCUUUUUAGUUUUGUUUUAAUGUAAGAUUUAUUUUAGUGUAAGUUUGUACUUUCAUGAUUUUAUGUUGUCAAUAUAUCUAUACGUAAGUAUCGACAUUUUAUUUACUUAUUUAUUUAUGUAUUGCAAUGACGAUUUGCUAAAUAGAAAAUCGAGCAUAAGAUUUUGAACAGUUUUUUUAAAAUGAUCACGUAUCAAUUUGGGACAUGGUGUACAUCGGUGUGCACAUGAUGACCUAUGGAUACCCAUAUCUUGAUGGAGAACAGACCAUCCUUCUUGGUGAUACAUUGUUAACAUGUUCUUAUCUUUCCAAUAGAAAAUAUGUUAAGUAGAACUCUUUAGAGGAAGGUUUAUCUCUGUACAAUUGAACAUUUUUUACAACAUUUUGAACAUUUUUGAACAUUUUGGUGCGUUUGUAAUGUUCAGCGCGUGUUGUGAUAACGUGGGUUUCUUUUUAAACCUAUUAAUUAUAGCCUUAGAGGAUUAGUGUAUUCACCUGCGGGUGACGUCAGCAGUGAACCUACUUAACUCACUCGAAGCGCGGGUGAUUUUACAAACAACGAAUACAAAUAUAGCAGAAAGGGUCCUAUAGCAAUAUACACCUUAGCAUCCUUGUCUUCGCGACCGCGGAGCCAUUUUUAAUCGAAAGGUCACAUUUCAGCAGUUAUUUGAUUCACCUUUCAUUAGGCUACUUAACGUAUUUUUUUUUUCACAUGGGUAUGUUAUUUUAUAGUGUUCAGUCCAGCAAUGUCAUAGUGGCAAAUUGUUUAUACGGACACGCUCUCCUAUAUUAUACGUCAUUUUUUCAUGUUUUUUAUUUGAUGUUUUAAAGCAUUACAAUUAUAUUUGUACAGGGCCACAGACAAAAGAUUCAAUGUGUUUAUAUUAAGUACAUCAUGAACCAACAGCAUGGUUCCAGUUGUUAUAAGAUAAUACAGUUACAUUCCAUAGGUGGAAUAUAUUAUAAUGGUUAUGGAUGGUGUUAUUUUAAAUAUAGCAUUAAUGGAACUUUAUUGGGUAUAAUUUAAAACAUUUUUGAAGUAAAACCGAAGUGCAUUAUAUGAUGUUGAGCAGAUU